AUGGAGGAAGAAAAUAUGGAAAUAGACUUUCGCCCCAUUACGAAGGAACAAGAACCGUCGAUUCCUGCUCCAAAAUCUACUAUUCUACAACUAGGUAGAGAAUGUCAAAGGCUGGGCACAACCUCCUUUAACAAAAUCAGAUAUUCAGAGGUUCAUAAAAAACUACAUGCAUCCCCAAUAUUUAGCGCAUUAAAAGUUAAUCCUCAACUGCCACCAAAGCCCUACUCAAAUCAGUAUCAAGACCAACUUACAAAGAUAGACUCUUGCUUGGGUACUAUCCUUCACGGAAUGCUACUCCAAAGGGAGGCGUUCUCUAAUGCAAUAAGUGAAAUAAUUAAAAAACAUCCAGGCGCAAAACCGGAUAUCCUCACCAAUCUGGUAAAAGAGGGAGAUUUCAGGCAAUUCUCGGAUGAUCUCAUACAAUAUGUAUGUGGACGUCGCGCAGAGAUAAUUGACCAAAGGAAAAAAAUUAUUCCGAAAAAUGAAUAUGUGGCCUCAUUACUGGAGAACAUUCCCCCGUCAGAAACGUCUCUAUUUGAUGAAAAACCUUUUGCCGAAUUCUACCAACAACAUGGGCGGUUUUUUCGUUCCUUUAACGAACCUUCAACUUCUAAAAUACACAAAACGGAAACGACCAAUAGAACAAAUUAUAACGCUAGAAGACCACAAUUUAGAGCUAAAACGUCAACGACGAGAGAGCCCUGGAAAACCUCCAACGGAAGUCAUAAAAAACUCAGCAGUUCUUCAGAAGUCCACAAAUCUUACAAAAAAGGGAUUCGGCCAAACAAAUGA